AUGAAAGUAACUCCAGAUUGUAAAAAAAAAAAAUAAAGAAUAAUAUAUUUAUAUAUAUAUAUAUAUAUAUAUAUAUAUAUAUAUAUAUAUAUAUAUAUAUAUAUAUAUAUUUAAUAAAAUAGUUAAAAAAUCAAAUAUUUUUAACCUUAAAAAUUAAUCCCCUAAAAAAUUUACUCCAUUAUCUCUUCCAAUGUAAAUAAAAAAAAAAAUUCUAAAAAAAAAAAGAAAAGAAAAGCAUCACAUAUAUUCAAAGUCAAACCUUUAAUAUAACCUUUUAUAUUAGAGUGUCGAGCUACUUCAUUUGACCAAAUUAAGACAAUUAGUUCAUUUAAUUAAAUUUCUUAAAAUAUAUAAUAUAAUGAUGGUUCAAAUACUCCGAGUAAUUAAUAAUAAUAAUAAUAAAAUCGAAAUUUUAUAAAUUUAAAUAAUGCAAGUGCAUAAAGAUAAAGAAAUACUUCAUAAUUUUAAAAUAAAUAAAAUAAUAAUAUUAAUUUGACAAUUAGUCAAAAUUUCAGUAAACAUAAUAACGAGAGUUAUGAGAAAAAUUUGGAAUAGAUUAAUUCUAGUUUUUAGAAAUAAAAAUAAAGUAACAUAAAAACUUUUGUAAGAAUUCGUCCUUUUAAUAAAAUGGAAAAUGAAUUAGAAUAAAAUAAUAUUGGAUAUGCAAAUAUUAAGUAUAUAGAUUCAAAAACUAUUUAAAUUUUACCAGAAAAUUAAGCUUUUACUUUAGAUAAAAUUUUUUAGCCAGAAACUAAAUAAGUUUAGUUUAUUAAUAAUAAAUAUAUGGAAUUAUAUAUAUAUUUUUUUUAGGAAUAAAUAUAUCAAGAAAUAGGAUAAGAAAUGCUAUAAGAAGUACUUUAAGGGUACAAUGGAACUAUUUUUGCAUAUGGAGCUACUGGAUCAGGUAAAACUUAUACUAUGUUCGGAAAUAUAAAUAUAGAUGAGGAAAAGGGAAUAAUUCCAAGGGUUAAUAGCUAAAUUUUCAACAGUGUUUUAUAAAGCGAAAAUGAAUUUAAUAUUACAUGCUCUAUAUUAGAAAUAUAUAAAGAAUAAUUAUUUGAUUUAUUGAAUCCUAAAGGGAAAUUAAAAAUAAAACAAAGUACAGGAUAAGGAAUAUACGUAUAAGGUCUUUCUAAUAAAAAAGUAAAUACAGAAAAUGAUAUUUUAAAUCUUUUAGAUAUUGGAUAUUCAAGUAAAUAAACUCGAGAAACAAAGAUGAAUGAAUACUCUUCGCGUUCUCAUACUAUAUUUGCAAUAAACAUAGAACAGAAAUAAAAAUUAGGAGAUUUUUUUUAAAUUAAAUGUGGAAAAUUAAAUCUCGUUGAUCUUGCUGGAAGCGAAAAAAUAUCAAAAACUAAUGCCAGUGGAGAAAUUUUGGAAGAGGCGAAAAAAAUAAAUCUUUCUUUAAGUUGUUUGGGUAAUGUUAUUAAUUCUUUAACUAAUAAUAGUAAUCAUAUUCCUUAUAGAGAUUCUAAAUUAACAAGAAUAUUAUAAGAGAGUUUAGGAGGAAAUUAUAAGACUUCAAUUAUAGCUGCUAUUUCACCACAUUCAAGUUAACAUGAGGAAUAAAUUACGACUCUAAAAUUCGCUACUAGGGCUAAAAAUAUCAAGAAUAAUGUAAAAGUUAAUGUGGUUUUGUCAUUGGAAUAAAUGAAGAGCCAAAUUUAGGAGUUAUAAGAGAAACUUUUUAAAUAGAUGUAGAUUAAUUAAUAAUUAGAACUUGUUUUAGGAAAAAUAAAAGAUAAAUAUUAAGAUGAUGAAAUUGUUUUCGAAAAAAAUGAAGCGCUUUUUGAUGGAUUAUUGUUAAAAGGAAAAUAAGGAGAGGUAGAGGGAGAGUAAGAAGAAGAGGAAGAAGAAGAAGAAGAAUAAAGUAAUGGAAAUCAAGAUUAAGUUAUUAUUGAAUUAAAAAAAGAAAAUUUAAAAAUGGAAGAUUAAUUUAUUUCGAAUUAUUUGAAAAAAUGA